CCGUGGGCUGUGUGUGUGGGGAGGGGUGUCAGCCCCGUGUCACGUGCCCGAGAGAUCCAGUGUCGGCCGGACCCUGAGGCCCCUGCACCGUGGGGCCCCCUGAGCAUACUCCACACGGGUACCUGCAGGGCGGCAGCGAGAACCAGGCAGAGUGAGCUAAGCCGGGGCAGUGGCGGGGGCAGCGGCUGGGGCUUCAGGCUGAUUGGCCCUGAAGAGACCCAGGGCCACCCGAGGUCGGUGCGCCUCUACCAAACUAAAAGGUGCCGCCAACCGAGCUACCUGCCAGGCUGCAAUGCCCACAGUGCGGAUCAGAGUGGCCCGGCGGGUCUGGGACUCGGGGGACUGCCUUGGCAAGGUGGGGAGAGGAGGCUCGCGGGCUCUGGAGGAAGCCUGGACCACCAAGCCCCAAGCUGGCCUCUGACAACCUACCUCCGCAGCUCCAAGCGAGGCAAGAUUUGUAGCGGUAAGAAGCCCAUUGAUGCCCAAGCCCUGAGAAAGAAGGUCAGCAGUGUGAUGUGUGACCCUGCAGCCCGUGCCAUCCUCAGCAGUCUGCUGCUCUACAUCACUGACCUCCAGGACAGGCCCCCAGGGCCUCCUCCCACCCAGGGGUCAGAGGGCAGGGAGAGCAGGGUCAGCCGCGCUCAGGAUACUCAGGACGCCCACCGGCGGCCCACAUGCUUUCAGCUGCUGCAGGCCAAGUUCAUGGGCACUGGCCGAGAGCCCCGCCUCAAGAAGACCCGGGAGGUGGGGAGGCUGAUCUUCAAGGACAAGCAGGGCCCCAGCAGGAGCUUGGUCACCGCCACCAUCAACAAGCUUCUGGACAAGGCCCGGGAGGGAGCCGGCCGCACGGCGCAGGACGGGGAGCCGCUGUGCAACGAGAAGUCCUGGCGUGGCCUCCCCACCGGGGGAAAGGGCACCGUGAAGAACAUUCUGAAGAUAUUCUUGGCGGCAGAGGAGAAAAACGUGUGUGAGAAGCAGGAAGCUGCCAGAGGGCCCCUGCCAAAGCCGGCCAGCAAGAGGGGCUCUGUCCUGUCCAGGCUGCGGGCGAAGUUUGAGCAAAGCGGCUGUCUCUGCUCCGAGGCCAGCGUGCUGCCGCUCCGCACGGAGGGGAGGAAGAAGGGCCUGCGCAGGAGGAAGACGCACCGACCGGAGGCCCGUGUGCUCUGCACAGCCACCAUGGCCAGCACCUGCAUCCGGACGCCACUAGCCCGCUUCCUGGCCUGCACCGCUGAGCCCGUGCUGGCCUUCAACAUUGCCACGGUCGUCUGCAGCCCCAGGAGCUGGCUGUCCCACUGCGCCAAAAUCGGCCACUCCGACCGGGGGCGCGUGUCCAGCGCAGGGGACGCAGCAUCCAGGGAGAAUAAAACAGCGGGAUGGGGGCAGCCUGGUGGGCACCCCGAACAGCCCCCAGCACCCAGUGCCACGGCUCCUGGGGACAGUCUGGAAGCCGGGUUCCUGGGUGUGGGGCCCAAGCCUGUUUCCAAGCCAGACCCCGCUUCUGCCUCCCACAGGGGUGAGGCCCUUUCUGGCUGUGAGCCCAGGGUGGCCCCACUCAAACUAGCCAGCCCUGGGCAUGCUGGGGCAGCAAGAGAGGACAGGACGGGGGACCCCCCCGCAGGGGACUCUGCACAGCACACCUGGGGGCCGGGGGGAGCCAGGGCGGGCCUGUGGCCUGGACCCCCGAGGGCGCAAGCAGGGGUGGCCCCCGAGGUGGCCCUGACAGUUUGCAGUUCUGAGGAUGAAACAGAAGUAGCGACCCCAGGCUCGGAGCGAGAUCCCCUGUUCGCCAUGCAGCAGACUUUCCCGGAACAGAAGGUAGCGGGACGUGUCCCGCCACUUGCGGUGCCCGCGGUUCAGGCCCUGCGGCGCGCACAGCCAGCCGCCGAGCCUCCCCAGAUAAUGGUCAGGCGGCCGCUCGUGCACGAAAUGCCGCCUCCCGCCGCGCUGCCAAAGGCACCAGGUGGUGGAGACAAGGGUUCUAGUCUUCCGAGCGGUGGGGAUGUGGGUACGGACAGGGGUGCGGAUGGGGGAGGAGGCGUAAAUGGGGGUAGGGGCAUGGGCGGCGGAGGGAGCGGGGACGGGGGCCGAGGCGGCGAGGCUACCAGGGCAGCCAGCGCGGGCCGCAGCGGGUCGGCGGGGCCACGGCGGGGCUCCCUGGAAACCCUGAGUGUCUCGCCUGCAAGGGGCGCCGCCAGCCUGGGUCGGGACCUGUCAGCGGCUGGUCCGCAGCAAAGUCCCACGCGGGGAAAGGAAAACACGCGCAGCGCUGGGGACCGAAACGCGCUCUGGCUCCGGCAUCCUGAGGGAGCGGCGGGGCAGGGCGCGCCUGAGCCCGCCUGCCAGAAGCAUCCGUCGCCAGCAGCAGGUGACGGGCGCGCCCGUGGCGAGGACGCCCCAUCGCAUCAUCCCACGGCCUCGGAGAAUCAGUGGGGAGGGGACGGCCACUGGGCCCCCGGCCGCGGCGGGACGAAGUCCGACAGCGCGGCCUCCGCGCACGAGAACGGCUUGCGCGAGCAAGAGCCCGGAGGGCCGCCACGGAGGGGCUCAGCCCGGUCCGGCCUGCGGGCCACAGGGCGCUCCAGCACCGGCCUGGGUGGGGACAGACCCACUUCCCUCAGUGAACGCCCCAAACCGAGUACCGAGGUCCCAGGAGCCGCGAAGAGUCACACCGCAGCAGCGCCCGGUAGCGCCCCAAGCCCGGUAAACGUCGUGGCUGGAGAGCGGAAGCCUGUGCGGGAGGCUGAGGGCCGACCCCCGUCACCGCACUGCAGCCCCGCAGCAGAGGCUCGUGCCCCGGCCGCCAGCCACCCGCUCGGUUCCGUGCCAGCCGUGUCCUGGAGGCACCACGGGCUCGGAGCAACAGGGAGCGGUGCCUGUGGAGGCUCGGGGGGGACCCCUGAGGCCCGGGCCGCGGCCCUGCCGGAGGCGGGGGUCCCUUUGUGCACGCGCGCUGCGGCGGAGAGCGAAGCUAGCACAGGGGCAGGGGGCAGAGGUGCCACAGCCAGACACGGGAGCCCAUUGGGGGGCGACCUGUCCGCAGUCCCAGGCUGGGCUCACCCCACGACCCAGGGCAGUGCUGGCGCCGGGCCUCCCCAGAACCAGCCGAACAAGGAAGACAAGCGCAUCCUGCCUGAAAAGCAGGUGCCUCCCAGUGUGGAGGCUUCUCGGGUGGCAGCAGAAGGGCAGCGGGCAGGCCGGGUGCCCCCAAAGUGCCCAGAUCUCCAGGUGCACCUGCCGCCUGCAUCCCUCCUAAGGUCUGGCGUCCCAGAGGGAGUGGAGGACAGGGGCACACAUCAACCUCUGGCAGGCCUGGGGGCACUGGAGGAGAGGGCCGCAGGGCCCAUGAGGCUCGGUGGUCCCCUGGAGAAAGGGGUAGCUCUCCGGGGUCGGGAGCCUGGGUCAUGUGCUGCUGAAGAGGGUCAGAAACGGCCCUGGGGGGUCCAGGUGGGCAGUGGUCCGGACACGGGGGCCACCAAGAUGGAGACUGGUCAACACCCCAAGAAGGGCCUAGAACGUGUGCAGGGGCAGCAGGCUUGGCGUGCAGAGAGCCCCCGUUUGGGAUACAGUGCCCAGGCUGGCGGGAUGGUGUCCCGCAGCUCGGCGAGCCCCCCCAACAGCUCCUCAGAAGCAGUGGCCACCACAGAUCCAAGCAGGAUGUCCCAGGGACCGGGCCCCAGGGGCGGCCAGGGAGGGCCUGGAGCACCACACCGGGUGGGAGAAAGGCCGUGGCCCUCUGGCCCCGAGCCAGCACAGGGCUCCGUGGUGCCCGCUCCCUGUGCCCCAGCCCAGGAGGGGCCCUCACACACUCCUGCGGCAGGGAGAGGUGCGGUGGAGCAUGAGCACCACAGAAGGCUGGCACGCUUCGCAAAGUAUAGAGCCCAGAGCUUCAGCGACCAGAGGUCCUUUGAUCUGUCCUUCAGACCCACAACCAUCAGGGCCAGCGACACGUUUGAGCUUCCGAAGUGA